AUGUCCAGGCAUGAGACGCAUGUGGUCCACACGGAGAGCGUUAUGAGUGACCGGCGAAAGGACCUGGAGGGUACGAGAGUCGAGGCUGAGCUCCAGAGGAAGUGGAUGGUGCUGGGCGAGGAGAGGAUGCUAGACGGACGUCCGGCCAUGAAUGCCUGCAGAGUUAACCCCAAGGAGAAGACUUUGGUUCUCGUCCCUGCACAGGAGAGUUGGGAGGAGCUCCAUCACGCAACUGAGAACGGCAACGUCCGCCUGGUGAAGCAGCUCUUACAACAAGGCGCCGGGACCGAGUGCAGAGACGAGAACGGGUGGACUCCGUUGCACUUGGCUUCCUUGAACGGCUAUGCCGCUCUGGUCAGAUUCCUCGUCCAGCGUGGCGCCGUGGUCCAUGCCCACAACAGGGCCUCCUACACGCCGCUGCACCAUGCCGCUUGGAGCGGCCACACCCAAGUGGCGGAGUUCCUCCUCGCUCGGGGCACGCCAGUGUCUGCGGCGACAGAAGGAUACCUGACCCCGCUGCACUGCGCGGCUGCCAACGGACACCUCCUGAUGGUCCAGUUGCUCCUGCGGCAAGGGGCGGAUCCUGCUGCCGCGGACGCCAACCGGUGGGCGGCCUUACACUGGGCAGCCGCCAACAACCAGCUGCACAUCAUGGACUUUCUGAUGUCCCAGGGCAUAGGUCCGGAUCUCGGUAGCAAGGAGGGAGUCACGCCGUUACAUGUGACAGCCGAGGCAGGACAGAUCGAGGCUCUGCACCGCUUGCUUGCGAAGGGGGCCAAGGUGGACGUUCAGGAUUCUUUGGGAAGGACGCCGCUUUCUAUUGCUUCUAGCAACGGCCAUGCGGAGAUUGUGAAAUUACUCCUCCAAGCUGGGGCAGACGUGAACGUGACCGACCGCUACGGCUGCUCCGCGCUCCACAAAGCCGCGACCGCAGGACACCUGCCCAUUGUCUGCCUCUUGGUAGAGGGAGGCGCCACCGGAAUUAAUGGAAGGGACGAUCUGCAUCUGACCCCGCUGCACCGAGCGGCCAGUAGCGGUCACGUCGGCAUCACCAGCUGCCUCCUAGACCACGGAGCCGACGUCAACGCAGCUGGCUGGCUGGGCAAGACGCCGCUGCACCUUGCGGCGGAAAAAGGACACUACUCUUUGAUGGACCUUUUAGUGAGCAAGGGAGCGGACCGCACACGCAGAUCGUGGUGGAAGGAGACAGCCAAAGCGCUGGAAGCUGAGAGGCCUGGUUCAGGAGACAUCUCCGGCCAAGCCAUCCUUGGGCCCCCCUAG